CAGCCAGGAAGAAGCUGUGAAGGGAGCGGACGCUGAGGCUGCCACCAUGGGCACCGCAUCCUCCCUGGUCAGCCCAGGAGAGGUGAUAGAGGACGGAUAUGGAGGUGAAGGAGGAGAAGCCUGUGAGAUCCCGGUGGAGGUGAAGCCCAAAGCCCGGCUCCUCCGAAGCUCCUUCCGCAGAGCGCCUCGGGUGAUCGGGGCCAGUUUCAAAUCCACCGGUUCUGUGGAUCUAGAGUACGCUGCUGAGUAUGAAAGACUCCGAAAAGAGUACGAAAUCUUCCGUGUGAGCAAGAACAACGAGAUCUCAUCCAUGCAAAAGAAGGAGGCCAAGCUGGACGAGGAGAACAAGAGGCUGAGGGCUGAGCUACAGGCUCUGCAGAAGACCUACCAGAAGAUCCUUAGAGAAAAAGAGAGCGCUCUUGAGGCAAAGUACCAAGCCAUGGAGAGGGCUGCCACCUUCGAACACGACAGGGACAAAGUCAAGCGACAGUUUAAGAUUUUCCGGGAGACAAAAGAAAAAGAGAUUCAGGAUCUCCUGCGGGCCAAAAGGGACUUAGAGGCCAAACUGCAACAGCUGCAGGCUCAGGGAAUACAGGUCUAUGACCUGAAUGAUUCUGACUCAGAUGACAACCAAACCACUGUCACUGCUGCAGGGACGCAGUGUGAGUACUGGUCUGGUGGGGUGCUGGGAAGUGAGCCCUCUAUGGGCAGCAUGAUGCAGUUACAACAGACCUUCAGAGGACCUGAAUUUGCCCACAGCUUGAUAGAUGUGGAGGGCCCUUUUGCAAAUGUGAGCAGAGAUGACUGGGAUGCUGCAGUGGCCAGUCUGCUUCAGGUCUCCCCUCACGUGCCCCAGGCCUUAUGGAGUAACACCGUGCGCUGCUACCUCAUUUUUACACAGGAGACCAAACCUGAGCUGGAUGUCUUUAUUAAGAAACACUCACCUGUGUUACGGAGGAUGUGCGAGGGUCUUGGUCACUUCUACCUGAACGUCUGCUUCCCAGAGGAAAACGCUGCUUCGUACAAUGUGGAGCGAAAGCAGGAGAUUGAAAGGAGCUCUUUGUGUGUGCUUCUAGUCAAAUCUACUGUCACUAGCUCUGUGGUGGAGGAUUGUGAGGAGGCUUUUGUGAAGAAUCCAGAUGGACAUCCACUGGUGCUGUACCUUAGGACUGAAGAAGACCACAAUCUGACCGGACCCACCAGGCAGCUGCUGGAAAGAGUCAACGCUGCAGACAAGGCUGCUAAAGUCAAGGUGGUGGAUCAUAGUGGUUCUGCAGAGGAAGGGGCUGACCUCAUUUAUUCUCAGCUGGAAAAAGUCAUCAAACAGGAGUUGCUGUGUCUGGAAGUAGCAGAUGUUGACUCUAAGGACUCUGGGUUCGAGGAGGGUCGUGAGGAGGACUCAGGAGAUGUGCUGUGGGACCUGCAUGACGAGCAGGAGCAGAUUGAGUCCUACCAGCAGGCCAGCAGCAGCACCUCCUCACAGCUAGGCUUCCAGAAGUAUAUAGAUCGUCUGAAUGACAUGAUAGCUGCUCCUCCUCCCACCCCUCCUCUGCUGGUGUCAGGUGGUCCGGGAUCAGGAAAGUCUCUCCUGCUCUCCAAAUGGAUCGAGCAGCAGCAGAAGCAGUCUCCCAACACCUUGUUCCUUUAUCACUUCGUCGGUCGCCCGCUUUCCACCAGCUCAGAGCCGGUGCUCAUCAUCAAACGCCUCACAGUCAAACUGCUGCAGCACUUCUGGUCCAUUUCCGGUCUGUCCAUGGAGCCCAGUAAGAUCUUAGAGGAGUUUCCCCGCUGGCUUGAGAGACUAUCAGCACGCCAUCAAGGAAACAUCAUCAUUAUCAUCGACUCCAUUGACCAGAUACAGCAAGCAGAGAGACACAUGAAGUGGCUCAUUGACCCUCUCCCUGUCAAUGUCAGAGUGGUGGUGUCUGUGAAUGUAGAGACGUGUCCUCAAGCGUGGAGGUUGUGGCCCACACUCCACCUGGACCCACUGAGUCCCAGAGAGGUCAGGAGCGUUGUGAAUGCAGAGUGCCAGAGCAUGGAGCUUAAACUAACCAAGGACCAGGAGAAGAAGCUGGAGAGGCACUGCCGCUCUGCCUCCACCUGCAACGCCUUGUAUAUCACCCUCCUGGCAAGAAUGAUCAUCAGUAUCUCAGGUUGCUCUCUGGAGAAGAGCCUGGAGCAGUGUCUGCAGUGUCAGGAUACCAUGUCUCUCUACCGCCUGGCUCUCAAGAUGACGCUGAACUCCCUGAACUCAGACAGAGAGCGACACGUCAUGAGAGAGAUGCUGUGCCUCGUUUGUUCUAGCCACAAUGGAGUGAGUGAGUCUGAGGUGUUAGACCUCUUCCCAGAACUGGAGAUGCCAGUCCUGUCCUGUCUGCUGUACCGUCUGAACAGGCUCUGCAUCGUGACGCUGAGCUGUGGGCUCAUCAGGUUUCAACACCUGCAGGCUUGGGAAGCUGUAAGGUUGGAGUUCCUGGGUGGAGGAAGUAGCUCAGCUGCCUACAGAGAGAAACUCAUCCAGUACUUCAGUCAGCAGCUCGGCCAGGACCGUGUGACGUGGCGUGUUGCAGACGAGCUGCCCUGGCUGCUCCAACAGCAGGAGGAUCGGACCAAACUCCAGCUCAGCCUCCUCAACCUGUUUGUCUCCCAGAACCUCUACAAGAGGGGUCAUUUCUCCGAGCUGCUGGCCUAUUGGCAGUAUGUGGGCAAAGACAAGAGCUCCAUGGCCACAGAGUACUUUGACUCCCUGAAACAAUAUGAGAAGAGCUGUGACAGUGAAGACGGCAUGACCAAGCUGGCAAACCUGUACGAGACUUUGGGACGUUUCCUCAAAGACCUGGGCCUCCCCAGUCAGGCUGUAGCACCUCUACAAAGGUCCCUGGAGAUCAGGGAGACGGCCCUGGACCCGGACCAUCCCAGCGUAGCUCGCUCCCUGCACCAGCUGGCCGGGGUUUACGUCCAGUGGAAGAAGUACGGCAACGCUGAGCAGCUGUACAAGCAGGCGCUGGAGAUCAGUGAGAAUGCCUACGGAGCCGAGCAUGCCAGCGUAGCACGAGAGCUGGAGUCCCUCGCCAUGCUCUACCAGAAACAGAACAAGUACGAGCAAGCAGAGAAACUGAGGAAGAGGUCAGUGAAGAUCCGUCAGAAGACUGCGCGCCAGAAAGGCCAUAUGUACGGCUUCACGCUGCUGAGGCGCAGGGCUCUGCAGCUGGAGGAACUGACUCUGGGGAAAGACUCUGCGGACUCUGCAAAGACCCUCAAUGAACUGGGUGUUCUGUACUACCUCCAGAACAACCUGGAUGCUGCUAAGCUGUUCCUGACCCGCUCUCUGGAAACCCGUCAGCGCGUCCUCGGCCCGGAUCACCCCGACUGCGCUCAGUCCCUCAACAACCUGGCCGCCCUGCACACGGAGAGGCGGGAGUACGAGGCGGCCGAGGACAUGUAUGAGAGAGCGCUGGACAUCCGCAAGAGGGCUUUAUCCCCGGACCACCCGUCGCUGGCAUACACCCUCAAACACCUGGCCAUGCUCUACAAACGCAGAGGGAAGCUGGAGAAGGCUGUGCCGCUGUAUGAGCUGUCUCUGGACAUCAGGGAAAAGAGUUUUGGGCCCAAACAUCCCAGUGUGGCCACAGCACUGGUCAACCUGGCUGUGAUCUACUGCCAACUGAAGAAGCACGGUGACGCCUUGCCUCUUUACGAACGAGCGCUCAAAGUCUAUGAGGAUAGUUUGGGACGUUCACACCCACGGGUCGGAGAGACCCUGAAGAACCUGGCUGUACUGAGCUACGAAGAGGGCGACUUUGAGAAGGCGGCAGAGCUUUACAAACGUGCGAUGGAGAUCAAGGAGGCCGAGCCGUCUCUGGUGUGCGGGAACGCCCCUUCCAGACACUCCUCCAGCGGGGACACAUUCAGUCUGAGAGGACCUGCCCCCCUCCCACAUGCCCCAAGCGCUGGUCAGUCCAACCCAACCUUCCUGAUCCAGACCCCCUCAGACAGCUAUGUGCUCAGGAAGAAACCCCCAGGUGAGCUGCUGCCUGGAGCCCACAAGGUGGACCGGGAGUACCGGGUGCAGAAGGCUCUGUUCUCCGCCGGCUUCCCCGUUCCUCAGCCUCUCCUGCACUGCACUGACGCUGAAAUCAUCGGGACAGAGUUCUACUUAAUGGAGCAUAUUAAAGGGCGUAUAUUCAGGGAUCUCCGUCUCCCAGGAGUGAGUGCAGCAGAGACAGCUCUAUAUGUGGCAGCAGUGGAAGCGUUGGCAAAGCUCCACUCACUGGACCUUGCAUCACUGAACCUGCAGGGGUUUGGAAAAGGAGCUGGGUACUGCCAGAGACAAGUCUCCACCUGGACGAAGCAGUACACAGCAGCAGCCCACAGGGACAUCCCAGCCAUGAACGAGCUCUCUAAUUGGUUGAUGAACAGUCUGCCAGCCAAUGACAACGAGGUCACGCUGGUCCAUGGAGAUUUCCGAUUGGACAAUUUGAUAUUCCAUCCAACAGAGGCCCGUGUGAUGGCCGUGUUGGACUGGGAGCUGUCCACCACUGGGCAGCCUCUGGCAGACCUGGCUUACUUCCUGAUGCCUCACUACUGGCCCACCAGUAUGAACAUCAUAAGCACGCUGGGCAGCUUGAGAGGAGUAGAAGGUAUUCCAGAUGUGGCCGACCUGAUGUCCAUUUACUGCCGGUGCCGAGGGAUCCCUUCUGCUCUGCCAGAGUUGAACUUCUACCUGGCCUUGUCUGUCUUUAAAAUGGCAGGGAUCGCACAGGGGGUCUAUGCACGCCACCUACUGGGCAAUGCGAGCGCUCCGAAUGCAGAGGAGUUCGGCCAGUGUGUGGAGCCGUUGGCUAAGACUGCCUUGCAGCUCGCACAGAGGUCCGCCACAGGUCCGACAGCAGACGGUCUGUUCCUGCAGACGGCUAAAGGCCGGGCUAUUCUGCAGCAGGUCAAAGACUUCAUGAGACAACACGUGCUUCCUGCUCAGGAGGAAGUUGCAGAGUAUUACUCCAAACACGCUCAUUCUCCACAGAGGUGGCACACCCCCCAAACAAUAGAGGAUCUGAAGGUGAAGGCCAGGCAGGCCGGGCUGUGGAACUUGUUCCUGCCGGCGGUCAGCGCUCUCAGUCAGCUGGACUACGCCUUCAUCGCAGAGGAGACCGGACGCUGCCUCUUCGCUCCGGAAGUCUUCAACUGCCAGGCUCCCGACACCGGCAAUAUGGAGGUGCUGCACAUUUUUGGCAGUGAGGAGCAGAAGAGGAAGUGGCUGGAGCCUCUGCUCAGAGGGGAGAUUCGCUCCUGCUUCUGUAUGACAGAGCCUGAUGUGGCCUCCAGUGAUGCCACCAACAUGCAGUGCACGCUCCGCAGGGACGGAGACCACUUCGUCAUUGACGGCAAGAAAUGGUGGAGCAGCGGUGCUGGCAAUCCCCAGUGCAAAGUGGCCAUUGUGAUGUGCAGGAGCGCCUCUCAGGGUGUGAGCAGCAGGCAUGGGCAGCACAGUAUGAUCCUGGUCCCCAUGGACACACCGGGGGUACAGCUCGUCAGACCGCUCACUGUGUUUGGACAGGAUGAUGCCAUCCACGGUGGCCACUUUGAGGUGCACUUUGAAAACGUGCGAGUCCCUGCCUCGAACAUCAUCCUGGGCGAAGGCAGGGGAUUUGAGAUUGCCCAGGGUCGCCUCGGUCCGGGCCGACUGCACCACUGCAUGAGGGCCGUCGGUGUUGCAGAGUUUGCUCUGGAGCUGCUCUGCAGACGAGCUGCAUCCAGAAGCACGUUCAGAAAGAAACUGUAUCAACAUGAAGUGGUUGCUCACUGGAUAGCAGAGUGCCGUCUCCUGAUAGAUCAGACCCGCCUGCUGACUCUGCAUGCUGCACAGUCUCUGGAUACACUGGGCAGCCGGGCGGCUCGCAAACAGAUUGCUAUGAUCAAGGUGGCUGCAGCCCAGAUGGCCUGUAAGGUGCUGGACUGUGCUAUUCAGGUGCAUGGAGCUGCAGGUGUGUCCGGAGACUUUCCACUCUCACAGAUGUAUGCAUACGUGCGGACGCUGCGCAUUGCUGACGGACCAGAUGAGGUGCACCUGUCCUCCAUUGCUCAUCUAGAACUGAGGGAUCAACUUCAGAAGGCCAAGCUGUGAAGUAUAUGAGACUGCUGGGGAGGAAGCAGAUUGAUUCCUAAUGAUAUGUUGUGUUCAUUUCUCUCCUGGUUCAAAUCAAAGACACGUGAUUAUUAGGAAUCCUUUUUUAUUGUGACCUACAAAAACAGAAAAUGACAGCAUGACUAUUGUCAUCACAUGGAUAAAUUCCAUUGGGAGGUGAUUGGGGGGGGGGGAUCAGGACACACUAGCACAUUAUUUUUGUACAAUAUAAAACAAUGGCCCCAUCCAUUCUGGUACACUGGAUGGCACCAUGCAGCACUCCAUUCCUCACGGUUUAUACAUGAACAUGUGGGCCGAGAGCUGCAGCAGCAUCCAGUCAAUCUUUUAUACAACACGGCGAAGAAUGGGGAGGGGGGGCUGGUUUGGAGGUUUGAAAAAAGAAAGUGUCAGUGUUUGCUUUUCUUUGAUUUUUUGUGGGACCGAUGAGGGGACCUAGAUUUGGAGCGGGACUUCUUGGUGGAUUUUUUUGGCGUCUUUGAGCGCGACCUCCUGGAUCGUUUGGGUGUGCGAGGAGAGGGAGAUCUAGAGGGACAAACAGGAAAUAGAAUUAAUGUUCUACCUGUAGCAAUCACACCGCAAUCAACACAAGGAAUGUCUUUUGGUCUUACCUCUUGGAGGACUUUUUGUUGCUGGAUCGUGGGGAGUCUUUAUGAGUGGAGCGGGACGACGUGUCUUUAGAGUAGGAGCGCUCGGAGCGUUCGGAUCUCUCCGAUCGCUCUGAACGGGGGGAAGCUGAACGGCCUCGUCUGCUAUUCCGCGUCGGACUGGGCGACCCGCUAUGACGACGCUUCCUGUCAACCAGAGAGGACACAAAGUGUUAGGAUGCAAACCCACGCAUAUCAGAGGUUCAGCAGGAAUUGUUUUAUUAAAAUGAAGUGUCUCUGUCUACAACUAAACCCAAUAAAAGGAAGCAAUGAAACAAAUCUCACCUGUCCUUCCUGGUGGGCGUGUCCUCCUUCUCUUUCUCCUUCUUUAACUCUUUCAACCGGGCCUCAGCUUUCUCCUUCUCCCUUCUCUCCCGCUCUUUCUCCCGUUCCAGUUUCUCCUUUUCUUUUUCCUACAAGCACACAAAGAAUGGCCCUCCGUUUAGACUUCAGACUCAUCCUCUUUAGUGAACAUCCACGGAGCCUGAAGACAUACCUUUUGUAGUAGUUUGUCCCUGUAGUGCUCCACCUGCUCCUGAAUGCUCUGCCCCGUCUUCUUGGGUCUCUUCCCGGACUCCAGCUCAUCCUGGAACUUCAUGACCUUAACCUGUGUGAUAAACGUAUACGUCAUGUAUAUGCAUUCAAAAAGACUUAUCUGAAAUUGUAACAUGACAGUAAUAAAGUACCUCUAUCUCUCUGAG